UCAAGCUAAAAAUUAUGAAGGAAAGUCAUUUCCAGCAUCGUGAACUUGGAUUUACUUAGAAGGACAACUUUCGACACGUUUCUCUUUGUAUGUCCUGGUGUCCAGUCUGGCUCUGGGGGACAAUUACUUAGAAGGACAGGAGGGAUACGAUGGGUUCUAUGAGCUUUAUCUAGUACCAGACGAACGCCUUAUGUUAUAAUCGUUCAGAAGUCGUGAUGUCUGAAAGAAGGCAGUUGAGCAUGCCAGGGCAAUUUUUGCCCUUGGAGGUUGGUACUACCGCCUCUGAGCUGGCCACGCACCUAUUGGGCUUGCUGGAAGCUGAAUCUGGUCAAGGCAUUGCCAUGAUGCGGUUGGUCUGGGAAACCCUAAUAUACUACGUACCAGUUGCUUACCAGAAUUCGAGUGGAAUGCAUGGAGAAAGACCAGCCCAUUGUGAUACUCUGCUGGAUCUUCUAGGAUACCUGCUGUUCAAUGGAGACCCGAAGCAGGGGAUGGAAAAGCUUAAGGAGAAUAGCACACCGCAGCAGAUGUGCGGAAGAGUCUUUCGAAAUGGCGAGUCCACCUACCUUUGCUUGGACUGCGGUGUGGAUAUGACCUGUGUCUUGUGUUCACAGUGCUUUCAGAACAGCGAGCACAAGAAGCAUAGUUACAGGAUGGCAGCUUCGGGUGGGAGCGGUUGCUGUGACUGUGGCGAUGAGGAAGCAUGGAAGAGUCAUCCACACUGCAAGCUGCACCCGGCAGCGGGCGCUGACACCAAGGCUGAGGUUGGUAUCGACCCGGCGCUUCAGGAGCGUGCACGUGCAGUGUUGAGCCAGUGUCUGCGCUAUUGCGUUGAGACUUUGACAUUCAAGGAUGCAGUGGCACCGGACUGGUGUACUGGUGAGAAGCACUGUCUACUUUUGUACAAUGAUGAAGUGCAUACAUUUGAUGAGAUCAUCAAGAUCUUGAAGCAUGAUCACACUCUGAGAGUAUCUACAGAUGCUGCGGCCAAUCUUGCUACCAUCAUUGACCGUGAUGGUCGUCUACCCGUGAUUGUUGCCUCGAAGGAUGAAUGCUUGAAGAUGAAAAAGAACAUUCUUGAUAUCAAGCUUCAUGGCGGUCUCAAGCCCGAUGUCGUCCUCAAGGUUUUCCCGCACAGCCUUGUGGUUCAUCAGAUUUUCGCCAUCUCCUUGCUCGCUUGGCUUGAGAACCUGUCCGUAACGUGUGGUGCCUUGCAGACGAUCAUGCGCGACACGAUGCUGAGAGGUUCAUUGGCCCAGCCGCAUUCAGCUACCCCCGCCAGUGAAGCAAGCACAUUGAUCAUUGACAGAGUGCUCUCCGUGGGAAAUGUCUUGUGGAAAGUGUCUCGUUGUGAAUUCCAGUCUUUUGUCAUGAGCUUGAUGACAAGUGACACCCAUCAGAAGGUGGACUUUGCCAUUAAGUUCCUUGAGCACUAUCAACGUAUCGAGGAACAGUACCUUGAGGAUGACCACGAUCACAGCAUGUCGAUGGCGUCACUAUCAGUGCAGUUCUUUACGGUCCCCACCGUGGCGUACACACUGAUGGACAAUCACGAUGCCUUCUACAAGAUCACACAGUUUGUCGUGGACAGACUACAUGCCUGCAGAAAUUCCGAUGGUGUACUAGCGCUGGCAGAGCAUCAGAACACCGUGGACAUGCAGAGAUUUUGCUAUGUUGUGGAAGACACUCGUUACUUAUUGUGCCAUCCUCCAUUGGCAUGGACUGAUGAGCGCCGGGCCUGGUUCUUGAGGGGCUUUGGCAACGUCGUGCAAAUCUACCUGGAGCUGGAGGGUGUGGAGUCAUUCAGGAGAAAGGAAGACGAGCACGUUCUCUAUGAGAAGGAAUGGGAGGAGAGCUUCAGCUUUAUGUUGCAUUACAACAGUGUCCUGCGACGUUUGGUGAAAUGGAUUCGAUCAGAUGAGAAACUCACUCACCUGUGUCUCAAGCACAUAAUGGAUGUGCUUUGCAAGCUGACCCAAUAUCGCUACACAGUCUUGGAGAUUCUUUCCGUCCGACAACGGCCAGGUUCUAGUACACCACCUUCAAAGACAAGUGGGUAUGUGACGGGUGAUUGUCUCCGGUUGUCGGUGUCCGUCCAUUGGCCAUUGAGGCGGCUACUAGCGCGUAUCAUGACAUGUAGGGACGUGGAUGUGGCUCUGCUCUUUUCUGAAGAUGCCAAGAAGUUGUCUGGAGCUGACCUUAACACACCACCAUCCAGUGAUAUGCUGCGUCCUGUCACGGCCCAAUGCAUCAUGGAGCAUCCAUUGCGAACAUAUAUCGUCGCUCAACAAGUUUUAGCCGGCAUGUGGAGAAGAAAUGGUCACAGUGUCUACAGCAUGAUGGUGCACUAUGAGAGUCCUAGCUGUUGCAUGUGUGAUGCAGAUCUCGCCCUGUUCCAAGUGUGUGGUACUUUGAUUGAACCGGACAUUUUCAUUGACACCUUGCUUUCCCGGCUGAUGUUGCUCCGCACACCCGAAAGGGUGAUUUUGCACAAUGUAGAAAUCUUCUUCCGCAUUCUGCUCAACAUCAUUGGUGAGCGCUACGACAAUAAUGUAGCCCGCAAUGUCACAGAUCGUAUGCGUAUCGAGCGUGAGCUAGUCCAUGCUCUGUUCCUGGGAGCGUUGACGCACAGCGAGGCGGUGAAAGAAGGCACCAGCACGCCGGCUUUGUUCGCCAACCCAACUGGAGAAAAGGACCACCGGUUGGUUGAGGAGGUUCUUAAGACUGUUGCCGAGCGGAAGACUAGUCGUACUGGACAGACAGCUGAGUAUCACUUGAAGGACGAGUACUUCUCACAGUGCACUCCUUUCUACUAUCAUCAUAACAAGCAGCAGCAGUCCAAGGUUCACAUGCGAGGUCGUGGGGUCAAGGACUGGGUGGGUCUCACACCAUUGCCAGUGUUCAGGCCCAGACUGGAGCCAGUCUUGUCGAUCAUGUCUUCCGAUUCUCUGCACAAGUUCAUCGCUUACUCGCUGCAUGCUUGCACCAAUCUAGAGGCGAAGCUCUGGAACGAGCAGACACUUCACCAGACUCUGUACCUUAUUGGAAUGAUGUGUCAAGAGGAGGACCUGUAUGCAAGGCAAGUCGCCGGUCGCAACAAAGAUCAGCUCAAGUUCUCGUUCAUGCAGGCAAUGAUCGAGAAGACCUUUGCUAUAAGUGAUAAUGUGUCCAUCUUCAGUUUACUGGUGAAGCUGCAGGACACUGAUCGUGCUGACGAGUACAAAGCAUUGUUGCAACGUGUCAUUGAGAUGCUCUCUGCGAACAAGAAGAAGCUGCUGGCAGACCAAGGGCAGACUCUGACGCUUUCAGGUGUGGACGCAGUCGACGGAAACACACCGGUGGUGGAGACUCCGAAAAGCCCUAGAACCACAGCUGAAGAGGAGAAGGCAGAGCGCAAGAAGAAGGCUGCGGCACAGAGAGCCAAGGCCAUGCAGCGCAUGCAAGAUCUGCAGAGGACCUUCUUGGCCACGGACGAAGCAGAACAUGCUGCUAGUGCCGGCGCGGCAUCUGAGGCUUCAAGCGCUGUGUCUGCUGCUGCUGCUGCCGCCGCCGCAACUGGUGGUGAUGAUCCCAUGUCCACAUCUAGCUGCGCCGUGGCUAGCGCUGCUGAAGCAGUCCAGCCGCCGUCGGUCAUGAAGCUCAUGUGCAUACUCUGUCAGGAGGAAGAGGAGGUGACAUCUGAGAAUGCGGCUAUGGUCAUGCCGGGCUACUGUGGAAUAUCUCGUGUCGUAGGCGUUGAUCAGCUCAUGACCCCGGCCAGCUUGUCAGAAUUUGAUGCCAUUCUUUGCCCGAGCAAUCUGCCAUUUGGAGUUCAUGUCAACUGCUGUGGGCAUGCCAUGCAUGCGUCGUGCCAUGCAGAGUGGCUACGCACGGAAAGUCAGAAGCGGAGGCACUCCCAGCCUGCUAGUCAGACGUACCGCUGUCCAAUGUGUAACAAUGUUGGAAAUCUGGCCAUGCCUGUGUUCCCACGGCGUGUUGCACAGCUGCCUGGCCGAUCUAUCAACAUGUCUCGCUCUCUGAGCACGCUGGCCAGUGCUAUCACAGCACGCCUGUUACAGCCCGCUAGUCAAUCUCCGUCUCAAGAGUCCAUUGAUUCAGAUACUGGCUCAGCCAGUGGUUUGCAGCGUUCUCGUCGACGGAGUGGUUCCACUGGUUUCACCACCACAUUGGCGAAAGCGUAUCGCUACUUUGCUGACCGAAGAGGCCGCAGGUCGGUGCCAUCACAAAGUGAGGAGGCUACUGGUCCUGAUAGUCUGAUUGAUCUCCUGCGCGAUUUCGCAGGUGGUGUACAAAAGCGACUGGGAAGUUCAAAUACUGAAUCUGAGUCUGUUGAUACCCUUGGUUCAUCUCUAGGAUACGGUAUAAUGUGCUUGGAGCGGCUCCUGCAUUCGGAGCUUCGGAGCGUCUUUGGUGAGCUAUCGUGUCGACUGAAUGACCCGUAUGAAGUUCUCACAGGGCUGGGAUUUGAGGCCCGCUCGGAGUUGGCCCACUCCAGUGGAAAGCCAACGGUGAUCACUCCGUCAGAAAGGCGUCUUCUGUCAGUGGUUGCACGAUUGCUUUCCUCUGAUGACGUGGCCCUGGACAGGCUGCCCAGUUUUGAUACCCGUGUCUUCCACUUGGAGCCAUUCCACCUUAUGGUUCAGUUAUCUCUGCUAUUCAACCAGUUCUCUCAGUCGUUGGAGGCCGAUGUGAUCCAGGCGCGUGGCUUGGUGGACUGGUGGCCGCUGAACCGGAUGGAGUGCACACUGGUUGCUCUGCACCUAGCGCUCAUUGUUCAAGUGGUGCAGAUCCUGAUCGUCGCCACUCCUGAGAAGCUUCUGGAGAUGCCUGUAUCGGAAUCCGUUGAGGAGCUGCCCAGCCAGUGUAUACUCCACCUGUGGACAGCACUGAAGUCACAUAACCUCUUGAAGCACUGGCAGCCAAUGCUGCAGCAGAGUGAGGUCACGGAACAACGGCUAGUGAUGUACGUGCAGCAGGAACUGGUGCCGUUCUUGUCACGCGCAGCGCUCUUCCUGCGCUUCCAAGGUCACCCGCUACCUCCGCCUACUGCCGAUGGCUGGGAGAACUAUGCUUCGCUGGCCAAGUUCCUGGGUCUGCCCGAGAGCAUAUCGGACGUGAUGGCUGAGCAACUGUGCGGCACUGAUUCCGCAUUGUCGCGAUGGAUGAGUGUGUUGGAGUCGGCAGACAAAGCCUCCGAUUCUCCAGUAGACACAUGCCCAGCUAAGGUUGCCAGGACCAGCUCUAACAUCCAUGUUCCCGGUGUGCGUGGUCUGAGUCAGCUACCUAACGACUACAGUGACUUUAUCCAGCGUGUCUCCACACUAGAGUGUCCGCAAGCCGUGCAUGACAGCACAUUGAACAAGCUAGUGAAGCACCCAGCCAUGUGUCUCAUCUGCGGAGAGUUUCUGUGUGCUAUGACCUACUGCUGUCGCAAAGAUCCCAACUGUGGCAAUCUCUCCUAUCACGCACAAAUGUGCGGUGGUGAGAUAGGGAUCUUCUUGCUAGUCUGGGAUUGCAAAGUGAUGAUCUUAGCGCCUCCGCUGGGAAUGCUACAAGCUGUUCCUUACCUGGACGAGUAUGGAGAAACCGCUAGCGCAGGCGGUCGCACUAUUAAUCCCCUGUUCCUGGAUGCCACUCUGCUCAAUGACCUGCAAGCUGUGUGGCAACGGCACGGUUUCAUUGAGAAAGUCUGGACUUUCUCAGAUCAACAAGGACAUCAGUACAUUCACAACCACUGGAAUGACAUGUAGUCAAUGUACCUGCAUGUAACCGUGCCCAAACAUGUUGCUGCUGCUGCUGCUGCAUGACAUCACGUUGCUGGACACUGACGUAAUGGCUGUCAAGGUGAUUGCGAAUCAUGGCAUGAUGAGAUGACGACGGGACAAUGACUGUAUUGUGUGACUGCUGUAAGUAAGAUCACAUACUAGUACUGACCACGUUGGAACUCUGGGAAUGAAUGUUCACUGCGUGCCGAUACCCCUCUGCUCCUGAUGAUGCUGGUCAUGAUGAUGUCAUGAUGAUGAUGAUGAUGGUGGCAGUGGUGGUAUGGGCAAUACACCGGUAUGAUCACAUGGGUCGCUGGCCCGCGUAUGCCGUCAUCCGCAUGUACUCUAGCUAGCAAUGAUUAUGUGCAGCGUUCAGCUGUGCACUGGCCAUAGUGGUGUACACGUGUAGUACGUGUUGCUGCUGAUCAUCUUGCCUAGAUCCACGGUGCACGCUGUUCGAUGCACACUGCUCCUGCUCCUGCGCAGGGCGUGCACAAUGUCCUCCUCACAAGUCCUCUCUACAGUAACAGUUGCACAUCAUCACUGUCAACACGUGUGACGCUCCUCGCCGUUGGACCAUGUACUUAUGACUGGUCAGUACGGUGCCACUGUCUCUGUCACUGUCUCUGUCACUGUCACACUACUGUAGUGCAUUAUUUUCUUCUGAUGCUGGUGAUCCUGUUGACUGUUUUUAAAGUCACCCACCUGACUCAUCACCUACAAUGUACCUCCGCAUAUAUCAUUAUUCUAUUCUUAAGUUAGUGCGCGCGCACGCACACACACACAUGUACACAUACUCGCCUGCAGCGUCUGUCCUACCGCUAAUGGUGGUAUGCACACCUCCACACGACUAUAUCGCUGCCAUGUAGUGUUGCGUAGUGUGCUGACCUUUCCGCUACCCUUCUGGACAUGGCAGUCGCCAAUAUGCUUGCCCAGCCAUCCGAGGGGCUUCUUUCCUUCUUCGUCUUUGCUCCUUAAACUUUCAUGAUUUAGUUUUGAAAUUUCUGUGUGUGUGUGUGUGUGUGUGUGUGUGUGUGUGUGUGUGUGCGCGCGCACGCGUGUAUGUGUGUGUGUGUGUAUGUGUGUGUGUGCGUGUGUGUAUGUAUAUGUGUGUAUGUAUUAUGGUGGUGCUGUGAUACUACCAGUAUUGGCGUUCAACAUGCCACCAUACCUAGCUUAUCAUCUUGUCUUUGCUCGAUUCCAAUCACGUUCUUUGGCUGGCAUUUUAUUCACCUUAUACAGUGCGCUUUGCUUUGUCCCCCGCGUACUCUUACGGUGCGCUUUGCUUUGUCCCCGCGUACUCUUACGGUGCGCUUUGCUUGGUCCCCCGCGUACUCUUAUUCUCCUCGUUGCGCCGGCCGCUUCUUUUGACUAAACCUCCUUGCAGCAGUCUCACAAUGUGUGACGUCAUGCUGUUCGUAUUUGGCCCUGCGUGUUACUGCUCGUUUCCCAGUAACUACAUGCUGCAGCUGCUGCAGAGUUAGCAUGCUGGAUUGCACUUCUGUACUCUUCCUGUGUACGAGUACUGGCAUUAUCAUUCCCCUGGUCCAUACCAACACAAAACACUCUAUCUAUGUGCACUGUAGAUGCCGCAGUGUAUUUCAACUCCUGUAUAGUCGUUCAGGCACACGACUCUGAAACUCCCUUCUAAAUCUGUGAUGUUUAUUACUUGUAUGAGAAUACACGUACACGUACACCAACCUUGGCAUGGAUUGUUUGUACGACUACUCGCUGCUGCUGCUGCUGCUGCUGCUACUACUAUGACCAUGGUGACAGUGUGAGUCCACAGGCGUGACACUAGCCUUGACAUGGAAAACUGUAAAUAUGGCCAGGUUUA